GUGCGGAGAGAUGGAGUUCGCUCCCAGGCUCCUCUCUGGCCCCAGCUUAGCUGCGCGGCCCCGUCUUUGUCUUCCCGAGGCUGCGGGUGUUUUUAGCAUGUCCGGACGGGUGGUGGCAUUGACGUGCUCACGCUCUCUUGUCCUCCCCUCACAGGUGUGACAGCCUCUCUGCGGCAGCCAUGGGGUCUGAGGAUCAUGGGGCCCAGAACCCGAGCUGUAAAAUCAUGACGUUUCGCCCAACCAUGGAAGAAUUUAAGGACUUCAACAAAUACGUGGCCUACAUCGAGUCCCAGGGAGCCCACCGGGCGGGCCUGGCCAAGAUCAUCCCCCCAAAGGAGUGGAAGCCCAGGCAGACGUACGAUGACAUUGACGACGUGGUCAUCCCGGCCCCCAUCCAGCAGGUGGUGACGGGCCAGUCAGGCCUCUUCACACAAUACAACAUCCAGAAAAAGGCCAUGACAGUCGGGGAGUACCGCCGCCUGGCCAACAGCGAGAAGUACUGUACCCCACGGCACCAGGACUUCGAUGACCUGGAACGCAAGUACUGGAAGAACCUCACCUUCGUCUCUCCCAUCUAUGGGGCUGACAUCAGCGGCUCUUUGUACGAUGACGAUGUGGCCCAGUGGAACAUCGGGAGCCUGCGGACCAUCCUGGACAUGGUGGAGCGUGAGUGCGGCACCAUCAUCGAGGGCGUCAACACCCCCUAUCUGUACUUCGGCAUGUGGAAGACCACCUUUGCCUGGCACACAGAGGACAUGGACCUGUACAGCAUUAACUACCUGCACUUCGGGGAGCCCAAGUCCUGGUGA